CUCUUCUAUGUCGAUAUUUUUAUUUAUUUUAUUUCUUCUUCUUACGGUAUAUAAUAUUGAUGGAUAUCUUAUUGGUACAGGCAAAGCUGAUAUUACAGGUCCAGUGGCGGAGAUCCAUCUUUUUGGAUAUGCAGAAAUGAAUCAAAUAGGAAAUGGUAUUUUACAGAGAUGUUUUGCUAGGUCUUAUAUUAUCGUUGAUGAUGAUGAUCAUCAGGGGGAAGAACCUAUGGUCAAAUCAGCAGUUCAGCGACGACUUGUUUUUGUGAAUGUGGAUCUACAAUCCAUGUCUCUUAGUGUUAAAUUUCGAGUGGUUGAACGUCUACAAUCUAUUUUUGGUCCUGAUUUAUAUACAAUGGAAAAUGUGAUGAUAUCAAGUACUCAUACUCAUUCUGCUGUUGGAGGUUUUCUUGAAUACACUUUAUAUGAAAUACCAGUCAAGGGUUGGAUAGAAGAAACGGUACAACCAAUAGUAUCAGGUAUUACCAAAUCUAUUGUCAAGGCUCAUCAUCAUCUGGAAAAAGGAAACGUAACACUUCAUUCAGGGGAACUCUUCGAUACCAAUAUCAAUCGGUCACCUGCAGCUUACAACUUGAAUCCUCAACAUGAACGAAACCUUUAUACUUCAAAUGUGGAUAAAACAAUGACUCUUCUUGGAUUUUAUACAGAAAAACAAGACUUGGGUUUAAUCAAUUGGUUUGCUGUUCAUGGUGUUUCUGUCAAUAAAACAAAUCGUUUAGUAAAUGGUGAUAACAAAGGUUAUGGGUCAUAUUGGGUGGAAAAGAAUAGAUUAUUUAGCAACUCUUCUACUUCAACAAGUUCAGACAAAUUUGUGGCAGCAUUUGCUCAGUCCAAUGAAGGUGAUGUUAGUCCACAUACUCUUGGUUCCUUUUGUACUGGAACUAACAUACCUUGCGACGGCACAAAAAUGACCAAAUGUCCGUGGUUUUCCACUUGUCAAGGAAGAGGACCUGGUUGGACAGUUGGACAUUUGGAAUCAAAUAGAAUGAUUGGUGAAAAUCAAGCAAGAAUGGCAACACGACUUUAUCUGGAAGCAAAAGGAAAAUAUCAAUACGUUUUGAAUGGUCCUGUUGACUUUAGACAAGUAUAUUGGAAUGUUCCUCAUACGAAAAUGAUACAACCAAAUGGAUCGAUUCAUUCUCUUUGUGCACCUGCCAUGGGUCUUGCAUUUAUUGGUGGUACAACUGAUGCUGAACCAGGUCUUGGCGUUUAUCAGAGUACUACUCAUAUGCCUUGGUAUUGGAAAUUUGUACGUGCUUUUAUCAAAACCCCAAGUCAAUCUCAAGUAGAAUGUCAUGCGCCAAAACCUAUUUUGUUUGAUACUGGUGAAAUGUCUUUUCCACAUGCCUGGCAACCAAACGUCUUAGAUAUACAACUUUUUCGUGUUGGAAAUACGUUUAUUGCUGCAGUGCCUGCGGAAUUCACGACAAUGAGUGGACGACGUUUACGAAAAGCGAUUGCUGAUACUUUGAUGGAUUAUGGUGUAAAUACAGCUUCGAUUAUCUUGUCUGGACCUGCCAAUGGUUAUUCUUCUUAUGUAGCCACCUUUGAAGAAUAUCAAAUGCAACGUUUUGAAGGAGCAGCGACAGCCUAUGGACCCCAUACACUCGAAGGAUAUAUUCAAGUAUUUCAAGCACUGGUACGAUCUAUGAUGACAGAGCAACCUAUUCAAAUACCUUCCACAAUGAUAUCAUCAUCAGGAAAUAUAUCACCACUUACAACGAUAUUUGAUCCAACAACAAUGAUGAUGAAUCCGAAACGCUUGGCAUUUGAUUUUACACCUAAAAGGACAUCAGAUAGACCAUUAUUAUCUUUCCAUUUUGGCGAUAUACUGAAGGAUACGUCGAGUCAACGAUACUACCCAACAACAUCGGAGAUCAUAGUGAUUUCAGCUUCUUUUGUUGCAGGAAACCCACGACAUUAUCCUAUGCUUGAUGGUACAUUUUUGACAGUAGAAAAAAAACAACAAGAUGGAACUUGGGAAAUAAUCCGGAAUGAUCAUGAUUAUGAUACAAGAUUUCGGUGGAAUCUCAAAAGUAAAUUAUUUGGACAAUCUGAAGCUAUUAUUGAAUGGGAAAUCAAUAAUAAAACAGAACAUGGUACUUUUAGACUAGGAUACUUCGGACAUCAUAAAGAAUUUAUUUCCAGGAUGAUCAAAUCUCAUCACGGUUACAGUCAAGAAUUUACCAUUGGUGAUUCAAUUUAAUGCGAUGAUCCGGGUUUGCAUCCUUUUAUUUAUUUUGAAUAUUGUAUACCAUCUUAUUAGAGAUUUUUAUUAAAUAAAUCAGCUAUUGUAUUUUAUUUAUUUUAUUUUAAUUUAUUGAUU